GGACGCAGCCACUAAACACAUCGACCAUGUCGCUCAAGUGUUUUAUAUUAUUAUUUUGCUUAUUUUUAUUUCAAGCAACGGGGCAGACGACAAAUGGGUUUGAGAGUACAACCUUAGAAGGGACCACGGAGUCAACUAACGAGACAGAGGAAAUAAUUACGCCGUGCAUCGGCGAGGGCUUAUGGCAGUGUGAAAACGGUCAAUGCAUUUCUAACACAACGUUGUGCGACGGUUCGAUCGACUGCAGGGACGCGUCCGACGAGUACAGGAAGACUUGCAAGAACGGUUCAAAUCCGAGACCCUUGUUCGGACUACUUCUGCACUGCAUGUCCUGGUCCGAGAAUCACGAGAAAGUAUGCCCUCAAAUCUGCCACGACGCACCGGAGUUUUGUUACUACGCUCUUAUAGCUGAAAAUGAAAAGGACCACGGUCUAUGUGUUUUGCCAGAGUAUCCAGAGCACGGUUCUUACAAUAUUAUACCGUUCAAGAAUGAAAACUCCUCAACCAACUUUCGUCUGCAAUACGACUGCAAGGAACCGUUUGUAAUAGUGGAGAAAGAAAUACACGAGUGCAUUGGCGGCACCUGGUACAAUAAUACUGACAACCGUUAUUGCUCAAAGGCUUGCGAACUUAGUUCUUACAAGAAUAACAACUAUACUUUUACCUGCCCAAUGGAUAUACAUGGAAAUAACACAUGCAAAAACUACAUGGCCAUCAAUACCACUGUUAGUGUAAAAAAAGCGUAUGAUGAUCCCGAAGAUCAGACAACGUACGUGAAGAACGUCACUGUGGAAUUAUUCUGUCACUCUAGUAGCCAGUUAAUCAACAUAUCUAAGGACUGUGUCGAUGAGGUGGACAAACGACAGCAGGCUUUCGAAAGUCCGACCAUGACCAAGUUGACCCAAUAUGAGGCUGACUUCAACAAGUUCAAAUCUAAUGAUACUGCCAAUGCUGAAUUUAAAGAUUUGGUAGAUAAGUUCAAUGCAUUUAAUAAAGUGGUUCGGAAUGAGUUGAACGAGAUGCAAAUAAUGGCCGAAAAAUGUAAUAUGUCACUAGAUUUGUUACUGUCGCAUCUGCAAUGGAAAAAAGAUAGAGGAAUUGUGAAUUAAUAUUGUGAACGGUUUUUGGCAAUCUAGGUGGCGGUAGCAAUCUUCAUUUUAAGAAAGAAAAAAUAAUGUUAUGGAUACGUAUUGUGUAUUUCACAAUACAAUAGACAUACAUUAUUUAUCUCUCCCUUAGUGUUUGUAUAAUAUAGUUGUUGUUACUCUGUGGCUGACAUGCUGAUGUCAUAUUUUAGCUAUACUCUGGUUUAUUUAAUAUAUAUUUACAUAUAUGUAUGUCUAUUUUGUAUUUCGUAUACAUAUAUUCUGUCUUCUUUAUAUUUAAGAGCUGUGCUCUUGCCGGUGGAGCAAUCUCCAACUCGUCCGGUCCUCUGCCAACUCCUUAACCUUCUGGUAUGACACAACCUGAACCUUUUCUUUUAUUUGGUUGAAAUAAUUUAUUCUCGGUCUUCCUCUUCCUCUCUUUCCCUCUAUUUUUCA